AACCAAACGCACCCAAAAUUUCCCUAUUCUCUAAUGUCCAUUCCGUUACCAAAUCUGUAAACAAUCCAAAUUCCACAUUUUACAUUUAUAAAAUUAUUACAUCCAAACGAACAAUAACAAUGGCGGAUCUACAAUCUCCGGGGCCGCCUCGCUCCACCGCCGACCUCUUCGGAGACCCAGUCGACUCCCACCCGGUAUGGUUCAAGCAAUCCUCCUUCCUCCAACCCAACUUCGACUCCGAGUCCUACAUCGCCGAUCUCAGGACCUUCGUCCCCUUCGAAACCCUCCGAUCCGAGCUCCAUUCACAUCUCUCCUCUCUCAAACACGAGCUCGUCGACCUCAUCAACCGCGACUACGGCGAUUUCGUCAACCUCAGUACCAAGCUCGUCGACGUUGACGGCGCCGUCGUCCGAAUGCGCGCCCCCCUCUCCGAGAUUCGCGAGAAGAUCCUCGUCUUCUGCUCCGCCGUCGAGGCCUCGCUCCUUGCUCUGCAGACUGGUUUGCGGCAGCGAGCUGAGGCCUCCGCCGCCAGGGAGGUCUUGGAGUUGUUGCUUGAUACGUUUCAUGUUGUGUCUAAGGUUGAGAAACUGAUAAAGGAGCUGCCUAGUGUGCCUGCUGAUUGGUCUAAUGGCGACGUAAAUUUUGCAGAGAAGGAUCUGGAUCACUUAAGCAAUGGAUUCUCCGUACAACACACUGAAAAUGAAACAAAUAUUAGGGAGACUCAAAGCAUGCUUUUGGAUAGAAUUGCCAGCGAAAUGAAUCGGUUUAAGUUCUACAUCACUCACGCACAGAACUUGCCUUUUAUUGAGAACAUGGAGAAGAGGAUACAAAAUGCUAGCCUAUUAUUGGAUGCUAGCUUGGGGCACUGUUUUGUAGAUAGACUGGAACACAGGGAUGCAAAUGUCAUAUUCAAUUGUUUACGGGCAUAUGCAGCUAUUGAUAACACCAGGAGUGCUGAAGAAAUUUUUCGCUCAACUGUUGUGGCACCAUUGAUUCAGAAAAUUAUUCCACACAGUUCAUCGGGGGUGGUUGGUGGGGGGGCAUCAGGAGAUGAACUUGAAGAGGAUUAUAAGCAAAUCAAGCAAUAUAUAGAGAAAGAUUGCAAAUUUUUACUUGAAAUUUCCUCUACAGAAAAUUCAGGUUUACAUGUUUUUAGCUUCCUUUCCAAUUCAAUCCUUAUAGAGGUUCUCUCAGCAAUCCAAAGGGGAAGACCAUGGGCCUUUUCACCUGGAAGACCUACAGAAUUUCUGAAAAAUUACAAAUCAAGCCUAGAUUUCUUGGCUCAUUUAGAAG